AUUAUGAUUGGCCGAAUAGCCUGGCUCGCUCCAUUUUGCUGGUUUGCUCUCCCGUGUUCCCCCGUCGAUGGUGAGCGCCGGCGGAGGUUGCGCUCGAGCGCCACCGCCACCGCCCGGCGGCGCCGGGAGUUUUCGCCGCUGAUGUAGCUCCCGUCCCACCCUAGGGCGCGAAUGGAGCUGAGCCCAGUUAGUUCGUCGCUGGGCGCCAUGGGCUCCCUCUCACGGAAGCUCGACGAGCUCCUGGCGACCGGGCACUGGGCUCUGCGGGGGGCUGCGAUGGAUGGGAUCGGGCACCUGGCCGCCGAUCUCCACGAGCUGCAGAGCCUCCUGCUGAGCCUCUCGAACGCGCAGGACCCUCCCGUAGCGGCGGGGUGCUGGAUGAAGGAGGUGCGCGAGCUGUCCUACGACGUGGAGGACUGCGCCGACCGAUUCGUCAACGCCGCGGAGACCCGCAGGCGACCUGCUCGGCGUAAUGCCAGUGUCGCCCGGCUGAAGAUCAAUCGCCUUCCGAGGAGGCGGAGGUGGCUCCCAUGGAUCAACAGCAGGGUCCUAGAGUUCAGGACCCGAGCGCAGGAGGCGAGCGAGAGGUACUGGAGGUACCAGUUCGAUGAUUGUGCCUCCGGUCCUGAAUACUCUCCUGCUACUGGCCGCACUGUGUGCGCGGAGCCUGGUGAUCAUGUAGGCAUGGAAGGCCCUGUGGGUGAGCUCCACCGGUCUCUGACUGAUGGACAGGAGCAGCUCAAGGUGGUAGCAAUCGUCGGUGUUGCAGGGAUCGGUAAAACCACGCUUGCCCUGAAAUUGUUGGGUAAGCUCCAGGGACAGUUCGAGUGUGUCGCCUUUGCGCGGACAGCACAAAAGCCCAAUAUGAGGGGCAUCAUCAGCAGUAUACUCUCACAAGUUCGUCCGCACCAACUGCCAGACCCUGCCGACAUGCACCACCUCAUCCGUGAUCUCAAAGAACAUCUACAAGAUAAGAGGUACUUCAUUGUAAUUGAUGACUUGUGGGCUACAUCAGUGUGGGAUGUUCUUAGUCGUGCUUUUCCAGAGGGUAGUUCAUGCAGUAGAAUAGUAGCUACGACAGAAAUUAUGGAAGUAGCUCAGGCAUGCUGCAGUUUUCACCCUGUCCAUAUUUUUCAGAUGGAAUUUCUAAGCGACAAUGACUCACAAAAAUUAUUGCUCCAAAGAAUUCUCUCAGAAAAUCAAAGUCCUCAACAUUUCGAUCACGUUUUACCUCAUAUUUUGAGAAAAUGUGGUGGUUUGCCGCUAGCAAUUAUCAUGGUAGCCAGCCUUUUAGCAAGCCGACCUGAGAAACUAGAUCAACUGGGCUUUGUGCAGAGUUCUCUUGGUUCAAAUAUGCGGCUGCAGGCACAUCCUACCAUGGAAAGGUUUAUGGAACAAUUAUUGAACAUUAGGUUUGAUAGUCUUCCACAUUAUUUGAAGACAUGUCUGCUUUAUCUUAGUACAUGUCCAGAGGGCUACAUAUUCUUGAAGGAUGAUUUGGUGAAGCAAUGGCUAGCUGAGGAUCUUAUAUGUGCACAGUUAGGGAAAGACAUGGAGGAAGUUGCAAUAAGCUAUUUUGAUGAGCUUGUCAGUAUGGGCCUGAUCCAAGUUAUGGAUAUCAACUACAGUUAUGAUCUAUUGUCUUAUUCAGUCCAUCAUAUGGUUCUUGAUUUUAUUACAUACAAGUCUAUUGAAGAGAACUUCAUCACUGUAGUGGAUUAUUCUCAAACAGCAAUGCUACUUCCUGAUAAAGUUCGCCGAUUGUCGCUCCACUUUGGCAGUGCAACAUAUGCAACUACACCAGCUAGUACCAGAUUAUCACAAGUUCGAUCACUCUUCUUUUUUGGACUGUUUAACUGCAUGCCUUCAUUGAUGGUGUUUAAGUUUCUUCGAGUUCUAAACCUUCGUCUUUGGGUCGAUCUUGGAAAUAUGAGUUUGGACCUUACAAGAAUUAGUGAACUGUUUCGACUGAGAUAUUUGCAUGUCACAUGUAGUGCCAUUGUGAAGUUACCAGAUCAGAUUGAAGCUAUGAAACAUUUGGAAACACUGGAAAUAAAUUCAAGAGUAUGCGCCAUUCCACCAGACAUUGUUCGCCUUCCGAGCUUGUUGCAUCUCUGUCUUCGAGGUGGAACAAAUCUACCUGACGGGAUUGGCCAUAUAAGAUCUCUACGUACACUAAAGUAUUUUGACCUUGGUAAUAACUCUGAAGACAAUUUAUGGAGCCUUGGCGAGCUGACAAACCUGCGGGAUCUACAUUUCACAUAUUCUAGAUUACCAUCUAGUGAACAUUUGAAGAGAAAUCUGAUAGCUCUGGCCUCUUCACUUGGGAAACUCUGUAACCUCAAAUCUGUCACUCUGGCUCCUGGUACUGCAGGCAUGGUUGUUCUCGUUGAUGGCUCGAGCAGCAUGUCCUCUGCUCCAGUCUUCCUUGAGAGGCUUGAGCUGUUGCCGCCCAUAUGCAUCUUUUCCAGACUUCCCAAGUGGAUUGGACAACUCCGCAAAAUCCGCAUUGUGAAAGUUGCUGUUAAAGAACUGCUGACGAAUGAUAUUGAUAUCCUCACAGGAUUACCCUCCCUCGCAGUCCUCUCAUUGUGGGUCCAGACAGCCCCUGAGGGAGGAAUCAUCUUCAACGAAGGGGCACUCCCAGUUCUCAAGUAUUUCGAGUUUAGGUGUGGCGUACUUUGUCUGGCUUUCAUGGCAGGAGCAAUGCCCAAUCUUCGGAGGAUCAAGCUAGCUUUCAAUACUGAUAUCAGGGAGAAGUACAGCAAUAUGCUUGCCGGAAUCGAGCACCUUUUAAACCUCCAGGAUGUCACUGGACAAAUUGGGGUAGUUACUGAAUCUGACAGAGGGGCUGCUGAAUCAGCAUUCAAGGAAGCCAUUAGCAAGCAUCCAAUGUCCUCUAGAUCUAGCAUACAAUGGGUGGAUCCAGUUGAGAAAGUAUUCUGUCCUUCAGAGAAACAGUAUUUGAGGCGAGGAAGAGGUUCAUCAGAUGAAACGCAUGGGGGUCUAGAGAAAGCCGAAGAUGCGAUCAAACAUGCUAAGAGAGGUAAAACUUCUUCCGCUGGGCUGGAUCUGGACCACGAUAUCAAGGCCUACAGAACCUCUUGUUCAAGCGCUUUUUUCCCUCAAAAGCGCGUCAGAACACACUUCUUUUGCAUUAGAAGAAAGGCCACCAAAAUGGGGCAAAGCUACACAACCACCAAGGGUGGCACUGACCGAACUGAAAACAAGAAAGAGCAGCAAAAACUACAGACCCCGCUAAAUUAUGUACAAAGGAAAAACCAACAGCAAAGCUCUCAUUCAAGUGCUUCGGUUGGGAAUAAGACAGAGGACGCAAAAUUGUUCAGUACCACUCCUUCAUCAUCAAAUUUGCAAAGCAUUGAACGUGAAGAGCAGAUGUUGCUGGACUCCAUGGAACAAGAGUGCCUGGAUAGCAGCCAGCCUGGGGAGCAAAUUGCUGCUGAGACUGUUGUGCAAUCUCAGGUCUCUUCUCCCUCAUCGCGUUCUCCCUCAUCAGCAAGGCACCACGAAGAAGAGCAUGCUUCUGGGCUCAACUUAGCUGGAGAAGGCAUGAAGAUGAGCUCAAACAUCAUCUUGAAGCAGGAUAUUCUUGCUAAGGUUAAAGAACAUGAAGAACAAAUUGCUAGUUUAAGAAUGCAUCUUGUUGACUAUUCAGUGAAGGAAUCCCACAUACUUAAUGAGAAGCUUGUUUUGGAAAAACGUAUUGCAUAUAUGCGAAGGGAAUUUGAUCAGCACCAACAAGAUUCCCUUGAUGCCGCAUCAAAAGCUUUGUCUUACAGACAAGACAUUAUUGAGGAAAAUCUCCAUCUGGCAUACUCACUACAGGCAGCACGUCGAAGCAGAUCAAAUUUUGUACUUUCUUUGACGCCUCUUCUGUCAGCACAUAACCUGCAGCCUUCUAUUCCGGAUGCUCAAUCAAUUGUUAGCAAUCUGAAGGUUUUGUUUACGCAUUUGCAAGAGAAACUCGCUAUUACUGAGGAGAAACAGAAGGAAUUACAGUACCAGAUUGCUCGGCGUGCUGAAUCUUCAAAUAUUACGGCACAGACACCUUCUCAUCCUCCUGGAAAUGCAUUGGUUGCUUCUAGCCAAACCGACCUUGACAUUGUGCCCCAGCAAGCAUAUCCUCAUGUACAGCGUCCAAUUUCUUAUCCCGUUCGAGCUAGACGGGAUAGGGGUUUAUUGGCAAAUGAGAACCGUCAGAUCCUCCCAACCAAGGCUGCUCUGACAGACACUGAGCACGACAAUGUUGGAAGGACCUCUCCUCCAAGAAGCAACCAAUUUACCAAGUAUGGUGUAGCAAAAGAAACUGAGCGUGAUUCUCGUGCUGGACGAUCCCGUGCUGUACGAUUUAACUUUGAAUCCAAGGAUCAAAACCCAUCAUUCAAGGCCCCUGUUGGGGGUGAUGUAACAAAAAAUCUAGAAGGAGCUGAAACCCAAACUUCACGGGAACCUCCUGCGGAGUGGAGUCCUCAAGGCCCACCUAAUUUGGUAUCUGGCCUUGAGGGUGGGAACCUGUCUUACCCUUAUCUUCCUACUGUCCUUGAGGAGCCUAGUUCUUCUUUCUUUGAAGCUGCAGAGGAUGACCCACUACCAGCCAUAGAUGGGCUAAGAAUCACAGGUGAAGCUUUUCCUGGAAGUGAACUUCAAGCAAGUGGGUAUUCCAGCAAUGGGACCACAAGUUGUUAUUUUGAGUGGGUACGCCAUUUGGAAGAUGGAUCGGUAAACUACAUAGAAGGUGCAAAGCAACCCACAUAUUUAGUUACUGCUGAUGAUCUGGACUCUUUACUAGCCAUAGAGGUCCAGCCUCUAGAUGACCGAAAAAGAAAGUCAACAAAAGUCCAAGCACCUAGCCAUGGUCAGCCAGUCAAAAGAGGAGAAUAGAUAUAAAGAUGUCACCAUGAAGGCCCAAGUGAAAGAAGCUCAAGAUGGUGAGACUGUUAGGAAUUAUGCAACUUGUAUUUCUUGGGGCCAUAGGCCAGUAUAUAUACAUGUACAGGUGCAGGAAGUAUGCAGAAAACCCCUUAUACAAUGGCAUAAACACAAAGGGCUACAUGGCUAUAUAUAAAAUACUCUAACACCCCUCUUCAAACUCAUGGUGGAUCAAUGAGUUUGGAGAGAUAAAAAUCCAUACUCAGGGUCAGCGCCAGUGAUGAUCAUGUCAUCAACAUAUAGAAGAAGAGUCCAACCUCGAGCAGAAAGGUGGACAAACAACACCGGAUCAUGAGCACUCGCUAGAAAACCAGCGGCAGUCAGCACAGAGGCAAAACACUCAAACCAGGCGCGAGGGGCUUGCUUAAGGCCAUAUAAAGAGCGACAAAAUGAUAAACCAUGCCGUCGGGAACAAAAUACCCAGGUGGUGGCUACAUGUAAACCUCCUCACGCAGCUCACCAUUAAGAAAGACAUUCUUAACAUCAAGCUGAGACACAGACCAGCGGCGAACAGAGGCCACGACAAAUGUGCGAGCAGUGGCCAUAUGGGCCAUGGGAGCAAAAGUCUCAUCAUAAUUGCAACCAUGCUCCUGCUGAAAGCCACGAGCCACAAGACGAGCUUUUUAAUGCUCAAGGGAACCAUCAUAGCGGGUCUUAACCUUGUAGAUCCACUUACAAGUGAUGGGACGAACAUGAGGAGAAGAGAACAAAAUCCCACGUGCCGGUGCACUCACUCAAGAGCAGAAAUCUCCUCUGCCAUCACAAACUGUCAUUCAGGAUGAACAACAGCAUCACGAUAAGAAGUCGGCUCAAGGACAACAGCUCCGGUGCUUGGAAAACCAAGGUGAUCAAUGAGCGGAAGCGAAUGAGGACGCAAACCAUAAGUGGGCUGAGACGAGGAAGAUGGCACAUCAGUAGACGCAUCCACAACACGCGGACGACGAGUAUAAUACUGAGGAAAAGAUGGAAGAACACGAGGAGGAAUUACCGGGAUACGCAAAGGUGACGGAGAAGACACCGGUGAUGAAGGUGUAGAACCCUGUUACAAGCGACAUGAGGAAACCAUGGGAGAUGGCGGCGGCGGAUCUGCAACCGCCGGAGAAGUAGGGGUAGUAGGACGAGCGAACAAGGGCUCAACAGGAGUGAUAGGGGUGUCAGAAAAAGUGAGGAAAGAUAGAUCCUCCACGGAAAAGGUCAAGGAAGAUGGACGCGGGUAGAGGGGACAAAACUCAUCAAAGUCACAUCCUGAGAAAAACGCAUUCGACGACUAACAGGAUCCCAACAACAAUAGCCCUUAUGUUCAUCGCUAUAGCCUAAGAAGACACACUCAACAGACUGAGCGGCCAGUUUGGUGUGUUCACAAGGGGCAAGAAGGACAUAGCAAACACAAUCAAACAAACGAAGCGCUAAAUAAUCAGGAGAACAAUCAAAGAGGCGUUCAAAAGAAACGUCACCCUAUAGAGCGGCAGAUGGCUAAAGGUUGAUGAGAUAGGUGGCAUUGGAGACAGCCUCAGCCCAAAAGUGAGGCGGAAGAGAGGAGGCAUCAACACACGAGCCAUCUCAAGAAGGUGACGAUGCUUGCACUCGGCCACACCAUUCUGAGCAUGAGCUCCAGGACAAGAGAACUGAGCAAGAGUCCCCUGCUCUGAUACCAUGUUAACCUUCAGCACUGGCCAACACAACCAAAAGUAUGAACUGAUGAAAAGGGUUAGGCAAUCCACAUACACUUCAACACACGCUCAAGUGUGACACGGAAAAUCAACACGUGAAUAGACUCAGAGGUAUGGCUCAAGAGGCUUAUACAUGGACAAAGGGGGGCAACAGAUUUUUUUUGACAAAUUGUGAAAGUCGGGACUUGAACUCAAUGUUAUGAAAGCAACUUAUCUCUAUUGAAGGCCCAAGGGGCAUAUAUAUGUUACACAAGACUUGAGGUGCAAGGAAAGUAAACAUAGACUAAUAAGGACUCCUAAACGAAUACUAAUACUUCCUCCCACCUACCACCACAUGGCUAGGCUGGUCAUGUCUCAAGGAACACUAGCCUAUAAAUAGGUCCCUAUGGUCAAUGUGCCCUCAUUCACUCUCACUUGAAUCAACUCAAGGGGAGAGGGCUAGAGCUUCAAGACCCGGUCGGGGAGCUCUAGUCUUGGAUCCAAGGAUUCCAGGGCGACUCAGACCGUCGUUGAGGAAGCGAAGUUUGGAGGCGAUAUUGGGAAGUCCCAUACUUAAGUCGUCGAUCAAGUCUCCCUCGGGUCUUCUCCUAAUAUAGGACUAAGACGCGCUCUGUCGAGGCGACCAAACCUAUUUAAGAAACAUCAAUGUGGUAACCUUAUCGGUGUACACUGCCUUUGCUAUAAGGUCGUCGUACAACCCCGUCUCCCUCUGGUCUU